ACCGUGUUGUGUUUUUGUCUUUGUUUUGAGCACUCUCUCUCUCUAGGUGAGUUCUGGCUUGGUCUUGAGAAGAUACACGCUGUGGCCAAAGAUGCAGACUACAUCCUCAAUGUCAUGUUCUCCGACUGGAGGGGUGAUUCUGAGACCAUCCAGUACCCCAUCCGUCUGGGCGGGGAGGAGAGCCACUACACCCUCCACAUCCAAGAGACCUCCAACAGCAGCCUGGAGGGCGCCCUGACUACCGAGGCCUCCGGCCUGCCCUUCUCCACCCGCGACCAAGACAAUGACCAGAACAAUGACAUCAGCUGUGCCGAACACCUCUCUGGUGGCUGGUGGUUCAGCAACUGUGGACGCUCCAACCUGAACGGCCGCUACUUUAUGAGCCCUCCUCCCAAGCAGAGGCAUCAGAGGAAGCAGGGGGUCUUCUGGAAGACCUGGCGUGGCCACUACUAUCCCCUGAAGACCACCGUCAUGAUGAUCGCCCCCGCUGUGAUCGAGAACAAGUCAUAGAGGAGAGACGCUCAGUAUUCUGACAAUUUUUCUCCUCUUGAACUGAAACACUGUUAGAGGUGGUUAGCCGAUGAAUUGGGUAAGCUACCCAGUCAGUCCUGGCUUCACCCAGUGAGACUUCCAACAGAGCCAAGGCCAUUAUAAAAACCAAAAUAACUCGUACUUUUCAAAAGUCUUCAAGUCUCUCAGCUAGAGACCAAACCGAACAAUGUUUAAAAAGUUAAGAAGUACAUGUACAUGUGAAUCUAGCAGUGGAAAGUUAGCAAGAGUGUUUCACCAAAGCUGUGGUAUGAGCUCACUCUUAAUCACUGUUUAAAGCAAUGCUCAGCCUUGGGACUAAUGAAUGGAACAGAAUGAGGCGAGUUCCAACAUGUUUUGAGUCGCAAGAAACCAAGCAUUUUCCACAUGCUAAGACCCAUCUGACGGAGGUUUCUGAAUGGUAAGACUUUCCCUGAGGUUGAAUACUGUCCUCUUUGGCUUGAACCAGCCAAUAAAAAUGAUUUAAAGAAAAAUC